GGGUAAAGCCCUACAUCAAAGGAUGUUGUCAGCGCAGAGACAGCUAGGGUUAUAAAGUGAGGCUACAAUCAGUGCCACACACAGACCUUCAAAUAACAGUGACAGGAUAGAGAUACAGAAUGGCUCACCCGGACAUUUUAAACCACAGAAGAGCUAAAGAGGCAGUUAACGAGAUUGCUAUGCUACUCAAGGAUAACCAACCAAUUGCCAUCGGUGAAGUGGUAAAAGCAGGCUCUCUAGGGCAUGGAACAGCCGUCCCGGGGGACUUUGACCUCGACCUGGUCAUUUACUCACCAGAUGUUGAUACGCAUACGAUGCGGUACAAGGGAUUUGGUAAGUGGCUAGAUCAGCUGGAGACGUUUCUCGAAAGACAGCCCAAAGUCGUGAUAACCAAACGGACCAAGUUUUCCGUCCAGUUUAAGUUUGACGACAUUAUCGAUGUUGACCUCCUGGUUAGUCCGUACUGGAACAACCAACACGACUUUUACGACUUCCUCCGAGGUGUCCCAAAAGAAGAAAGAUACGAGUACUCUGUGUGUGCAGCUAAAUGGCAGGUGGAGUUCUUUGAGCAACAACCUAACCAGGUGAAGGAGCUUAUCAAGCGUGCAAAGGCUUGGCGUAACAAGCUCUGGUCCGAAAGGAAGCUGUCCAACAAGCCCAAGUCCUACCUCAUCUCUUUACUCGUACUCAACGCCUACGAGAAGGCCACAAAGAGAAUGGGAACUUCCAACACAAGGAGGAUCGCCGAAGCCACAAUGGAUGAGCUGAAGAAUCUCCUCCUUAACCGCCACGGCAUAGAUAUCUACUGGGAGAAGUUUUAUAGCGUGGGUGGAGGUAUGCCCUCUGGUCCCAACCUCUUCCCAACUUCACUGCCGCGUAUCGUUGACCCGGCCAACCCAGCCAAUAAUCUGUAUGACACGGGCGUCGCCAAGAGUCGUGGUCAGAGAGGCGACGGGUGGUCUGAGCUGGUAGAGAACAUACACUCAGUGGACCUGCUACAGCGUCUAGUGUAGCCAAGCAUGACUUGGAACUACAAAACAUUAACCUGUGUGCUUAGAGUAUCAGGUGUGUAUAUAUACAUUGUAAUGUAAGACUAGUUGCCUAGUUAUAAUAGCUUCAGAGACAAAUUUGUGUAAAUGAUAAAACCGAAUGUAAAAUGUACAUUCGUAAAGCAAACGUGAUUUAUUGUAUAC